CUACCUUUUUCUCCCAACCUCGUGAAAGAUAGGACAAGAAAGAAUUCUCUUUCACGCGAAGAACCGGGUGAAGACUGGUAGAGAAGCCCCAUGAAGGUUCGCUGAGCUUAAACCGGCUGAAACGCAGAUACAAGUACGGCAACGGAAAAAAAGAAAACGAAAACGAAAAAGACAUCCAGAACAGAGAAAGAAGGCAUGGAAAAGCAGGUAAAGGGAAAAUAGGUUGAAGGAUUUUUCUUGUAACAGAAAGAGGGAUUGAGAAAAGGGAAAGACAUACAUGUAUUGGGCUGGAGAAGCAAGAAGAUAAUAUAUAUUGAAGAGAAAGAAAGAUGGUGGAGCUGCUGAAGAGGGAUGUGAUGGAAGACGUGGCAAUCAUAGGCGGAUUGAUUGGGGUGCAGUUUGUGUAUGCAGGAAACGCUGUAUUGCUUAGCUAUCUUAUGUCUAUGGGCCUCAGGCCUAUAACCAUUGUUAUUUUCUCUACCUUUGCCACCUUCCUCAUCCUCUGUCCCAUCGCCGUUUAUUUUGAAAGGAGUAGGUGGCCAAAGAAAUUCAGCUUGAAGUUGAUUACCCAGCUGGUUUUGAUCUCCUUUGGAGGGGUGACUUUAUUCCAGACCCUAUUCCUCAAGGGAAUCCAGCUAACUUCACCGGCAAUGGCAACCGCCAUGCCAAACCUUGCUCCCGGGUUUAUCUUCGUCAUUGCGUGGACUUUUAGAUUAGAGAAAGUGAAACUUGGUUGCCUGUACAGCAAAGUGAAGAUUGUAGGCACGCUGCUCUGCGUUGUAGGUGCUCUGGCAAUGAGCAUAAUGCACAGCACUGCUGUUGACACAAAAGAGGCUCAACUUUCAUCUCCCUCCCCGGAUAUUGCCUUCGACACUCAAAAAAUCAUCGGCUGCCUCUACCUCCUUGCUGCCGUUUUCAUUUUAUCCACCAAUGUCGUUUUGCAGGCUGCAACAUUGAAUGAUUUUCCUGCGCCAAUGUCUCUGUGUGCAAUAACAUCCUUGAUCGGCGUGGUUAUAACAGCAGCUGUCCAACUAAUCCAAGAUCAUAAAAUUGAAACCAGUUGGCCACUCGUGGGAUUUCGACAGAUGAUUGGCUAUUCUCUAUUGGGAGGUGCUGUGAGUGGAGCAUCUAUAAGCUUCAAUGGAUGGGCGAUGAGAAAAAGAGGGCCGGUUUUGGUUUCCACGUUUAGCCCCAUCAGUACAGUCUGCUCAGUCAUUCUCUCCGUGGUCACCUUAGGCGACACCAUUGAUAUUGGAAGCCUUGCUGGUAUGUUCCUCAUGUUUACUGGCCUUUACUUCGUGCUCUGGGCUAAAGGGAAAGAAGGCUACUACCAGGGGGAUGACUUCGAGAGUGAGUUGAAUGCAAAGAAGCCUCUCUUAAGUUAAUAUGUCAUUGGCAAAUGUGACGUACUUCUGUUUAUUCGGUAGAUAUUGAAAGAAAUGAAAAGUUGCAAGAAAGGCUAAUGAUAUAUUAAUGACUUGUUCCAA